ACUUUGUUACUGUGCUUUUCCUCCACAAGAAGCAAAACACUUCUUUUCCUUCCGCCGCGUACGGUGGCUACCGGUGAUUGGAGAAUCGAAACGGAAAUAUGAAGAUUAACGUCAAGACUCUCAAGGGGACUCACUUUGAGAUCGAAGUGAAACCACAAGACACGGUUGCUGAUGUGAAGAAAAACAUAGAGGUAGUUCAAGGUGUGGAUGUUUACCCUGCUGCACAGCAAAUGCUUAUUCAUAAGGGAAAAGUGCUUAAAGAUGCCACAACCCUGGAAGAAAAUGAAGUUGCUGAGAAUAGUUUGAUGGUGAUCAUGUUAUCCAAGAAUAAGGUAUCAUCAAGUGGAGCCUCAACUGCUUCACCUGCACCCUCAAACCUGGCAGCCCAACCUGCAAGUUCUUUGCCUCCAACUUCAUCAACAUCUUCAGCAUCUCAACCUCCUGCUUCGACUGUAGGACAGGGAGAAUCCAAUUCUGAGCAAAGUCCUGUUAUUACUCCUCCCACUACUGCAGUGCCCAGCAUCUAUGGCCAAGCAGGGUCAGAUGUCAUUGCUGGAAAUAAUUUAGAAUCAACUAUUCAACAGAUUCUAGAAAUGGGAGGAGGAAGUUGGGAUCGGGAUACUGUUAUCCGUGCUCUUCGUGCUGCAUUUAACAAUCCUGAAAGAGCUGUUGAAUAUCUCUAUUCUGGCAUUCCUGAACAAGCUGAUGUCCCGGCAGUUGCUAGAUCCCCCACCAUUGGGCAGGAAGCAAACCCUUUAGUCCAGGCUCUGCAACCAGCUCUACCUACUAGUGGGCCUAACACCAACCCGCUCAACCUGUUCCCCGAGGGCAUUCCCGAUGGUGCAAAUGAUGCGGGGGACUUGGAUUUCUUGCGGAACAGUCAGCAGUUCCAAGCCUUGAGAGCGAUGGUGCAAGCAAACCCCCAAAUUUUACAGCCCAUGCUUCAGGAACUGGGAAAACAAAAUCCCCACCUAAUGCAGCUCAUCCAAGAGCAUCAAGCUGACUUCUUACGCCUUAUAAAUGAACCUGAAGGAGAAGAGAACCUACAGAGUCAGUUGGCUUCUGAGAUGCCUCAAGCCAUCACCAUCACCCCUGAGGAGCAUGAUGCCAUUCAACGGCUUGAAGACAUGGGAUUUGAUCGAGAUCUUGUGUUGGAGGUGUUCUUUGCAUGCAAUAAAAACGAGGAUUUGGCAGCCAACUAUCUAUUGGAUCACCAGAAUGAAUUUGAGGACUAGUUAAAAUUGUAAUUCAUCGGGCAUUUUUCUGUGCUGGUUCUUCUGUGUUAUUUGUUUGUCUUCUGAAUACUUUGGAGAAGUGCCGUAGUUAAUAUUUGUAUACCUUUGAACCAUAGCAGCUAUAGAUUGUUUAACACCAUUAACUAGAAAACAGAAUCGUGUUGGGAAAAGAAGGUUACUUAAUUUUUCUCUGGCCAUACAUUUUCAGAUUUUUAUUUUAUUUUAUUUCAUGGUUUAUUAUUUACGUUUUUCUUUUUGGGUGAAAGAGAAGGUAGAAAUUUCAAAACCUUCAAUCAAA